CACCGUUUCCGCGCCAACAUACGAAGCCACAACCUCUCACUUCUCCAACAUCUUCAAACACGCCCGCAACUCUCUUCUCCCACAACCCUGCGUCUCUCCCCCUACACCAGCCAUGGCGCGCGGGCGUCAAACAAAAGCUGUUGACACCGUCGGCAGCAAGCGAACCGGUACGAAGCGGGACCGCUACAACGGCGACGAAGCUAAAGCGAUAGCGAAACGCCCACGGCAGAUGAAGGAAUCCUUCCGAUUUCUCGAUCUACCAGGAGAGCUGCGGAAUCGAAUUUACCAAUACGCGUUCGACAUCUCCUACCGAAGCUUCCCCGCCAGCUCUUUCCGGAAGAAGCCCAAGCGCGGAGAAUCGCCCUUGCCAGCCAACACACCCCAGCCGAUCCCAUACCUAAGCCUCACACAAUCAUGCACGCAGAUCCGACGCGAGUUCCGACCAUGGUGGAUGGGCAGUCACAAGAUACCGCUGUGCGCGCUCGAUAACUAUCUCUCCGCGUUCUUCCCCUCCCGAUUGAAAGAGACCAAAGCGCACUUCGAAGCCAGCACCAACACGGCAGGCGAGCUGAGGAUAUUCCUUCGCCAGGACGACAUGCGCGGUCGGGACCUGCUCCGUCUCGUGAAGCACAAGCUGAGGUUCCCGGAUUACACCAUCGUCUUCCAGCAGCUGGCCGCUGUGAGCGAAGUUCGGGCGCGCGGCUUGGAGCAGCUGGUGAACAACCAACAUCCGACAUGGAAUCGCUGGAUCCGGAGGAACGACGUAGUCAGUCAGAUCCGAAUCGGGUUGUCCAGUCAACACUCUGCCGGUGACACCAUCACCGUCGUGAUGAAGGAAAAGCACGCCUUGCCUUGGAUGAAGCCAACUCUCAACCAGAUCGUUCCGAACGACUUUCCUCCGAGCAUUGGUCUGGACAAGGUCACCCACUGGCAGAUCAGUUUCGCGGUUGACUAUUCUUGAGCCGGAUACUUAGAAACGUAGCGGGACGGGCGAUCCGAUCAAUGUCUAGGUUAUGUUUCUCCUCUUCUCUCUGCAUCUUUGAAUAGGCUC